AUGAUUGGUCCCUGGAGGAAACAGGGUCGCCCGACUGAUUCGCCAUCGCAUUCACAUAUCAUACUCGUCGAACAGCGAGAUGUUCCAGGCAUCGACUGCGCCCAUCUGGCAAUGGACACAGAGGAAGGUGUCGAGGUUGUAUGGAACGAAGUGCAAUUUUCCGAACGCAAGAACUUCAAAGCGCAAGAAGACAAGAUACAGAUGGUCUUCGACAACCUCACACGUCUCGAACACCCCAACAUCGUGAAAUUCCAUCGAUAUUGGACGGAUACACAUAACGAUAAGCCUAGGGUCAUAUUUAUAACAGAAUAUAUGUCAUGUGGGUCAUUAAAACAGUUCCUAAAACGAACCAAACGAAAUGUAAAACGGUUGCCGUUACAGGCGUGGAAACGAUGGUGUACACAAAUUCUUUCCGCACUCAGCUAUCUCCACGGUUGCGUGCCGCCGAUAGUCCACGGUAAUUUAACCUGUGAUACGAUCUUCAUACAACACAACGGUUUAGUGAAGAUCGGCUCGGUAGCACCAGAUGCUAUACAUCAUCACGUCAAGACCUGUCGCGAGAACAUGAGGAAUAUGCAUCUCAUUGCACCAGAAUACGGAUCAUCCCAAAUGGUGACGCCCGCGAUGGACAUCUACUCCUUUGGCAUGUGCGCGCUCGAGACCGCGGCGCUGGAGAUACAGGGAAACGGUGACUCGGGCAGUCACGUGACAGAGGACCACGUCGUACGCACAGUUGAGUCUUUGGAAGAGUCCAGGCAGAAGGAUUUUAUAUACAGAUGUAUAAACAAGGACCCGUCCAAAAGGCCGACGGCCCGAGAGCUCCUCUUCCACCCCCUCCUGUUCGAAGUGCACUCCCUCAAGCUGCUGGCGGCGCACACGCUCGUCAACACUAGCGCGAACAUAUCGGAGACGAUCACGGACGAGGUGUGCGGCGGCGGCGCGGAGGGCGCGCUGGCGUGGGUGGCGCGCGCCGGCCGCCGCCACGAGCUGGCCGCGCGCGACCUGCCGCACGCUGAGAAGCUCGAGAAGUUCGUCGAGGACGUCAAGUACGGCAUCUACCCGCUGACGGCGUACGGGUCGGCGCGGCGCGCGGCGUCGCCAUGCGAGCGCGCGCGCGCCGCCUCCGAGAGCGCGCCCGCCUCGCCCGAGCCGCACGCGCGCGACCUCGAGACGCGCCGCGUCGUCAACAUGAUGUGCAGCCUCAAGCCGGCGCCCGCGCCCGCGCCCGCGCCCUCGCCGCCCGCGCCCGCGCCCGCGCCCGCGCCCGCCGCCGCCGCCGACCUGCUGAUGACCAUCCUGCUGCGCAUGGACGACAAGAUGAACCGGCAGCUGACGUGCGCCGUGUCGCGCCGCGACUCCGCGCCCGCGCUCGCCGCCGAGCUCGUGCAGCUCGGGUUCAUACACGAGGGCGACCGCGACAAGCUGUGCCGCCUCAUGGAGGACUCCCUGCGCGGCGGCUUCGGCGCGCGCGCGCACGCCGCCAGC